GAAAUGGGUUGAACUUGGUUCCUGCACCUCCACUUUUUUGUUAUAGUUUCAGUUUUAUUGAGUUCUGAUUCAGGGGAGGAGUGUGGAUAACAGGGGUGGGGAGCACUCCAAACUGCUCACCGUUUUUUGGAUUUUAGUCGUGUAGCCGGGAUCACCUGUGACGCAUACUCACCCCCUACCCUUUUUCGAUUUCGUGUGAUCCCUGACUUUUUCGAUUUAUCCUUUUUCGCCGACGGAUGCCCCCGACGGCGGAGCGGACUUUUAUCCGGGAAAAUUUUUUUCGUUUUUUUUUCUUCUUCAUAAUUAAUCGAGACCUUAGUGCCUGUGCAUUGAUAAAUCACAGAGACCGAGUGACACUUAGUGAUUCUUGUGAAAUGUCCUCGUAGGACCCAGCCAUACACACACAUUCAACAGGUGAGGGGAAAUAAGAAAUACUUCCGAUAUUCAACUGGUCUACUACUGUUUUGUCAGUACAGAUUCCGUGGUAUGUUCCCUUUCAAGAGGGAUUCUCACUCGAGCGGAAGUCUAUAAAAAGUUUGUCUACCGACCCGACGGAGACGGCAUUUCCAUGGUGAACAUGGCGGAGACCGAGUCGAUGUUCCUUGGUGGGAGCCGGUUGUCGAUGAACGGAGUGGACACCAUGUCGGACGACUCCGACAUCGAAACUCCUAUGCUGAUCCGCUCCUUUCAGCAGACGAAGCGUAACAAACGGAAAAACUUCCAACCGAGGAAUAUCACCUACUGCGAGGAGGCGCCUCUCUCCCUCAGCAGAAACGAAAACGAGGAGUACGCCUUGGACCUGAGUAGUUUCGAUUCCAACAGCGCUCCCGAGACCAAGAGGAUGAGAUGCAGCACGGACGAACCGGCACCCAUGGACCUCAGCUCGAAACCCAACAGAAAAGAGGAAGAGCACAGCGAUUUCGACGACAGUUCGGACAGCGAAGGAAGCAAGUGGGCCGGACACUACAACGACCAGCCAUCCCACCAGUACUUCCUACAGCAAGAUUUCUUACACCAUCAGCCGACCGACGCUUCCGAUCUCAGGGAGUACGCUCAAAACACAAUGAAAGAACUGUUGGAAAUUUACGGUUUAAACAGUGCCGAAGUCGCAGAAUCAAUUACGAACAACGUUCCCAUCGCAAACUUUUCAUCAGGUAAAAUAUUGGAGAGUUUGCGAAGAGGAGCUCCUGUCCUACAGAAGCAGCCGAUGAAGAGUCCUGAAGGAUCUCAGCCCCCGACGCCACCGAGGAGUCCUCCGCAGAGCCCCUCGAAAAACAAGGAUCAGUCGAAGCUGAUCCCUGCGCACACGCCGACCCAGCAAAACUUCCCACCGAGGGUGGUGUUGCCGCAGAAUAUGGCCACGAUAUUCGCCCUGGCAGCAAUUCAGGACAGGCAAAGAGGCGCUGGAAAUCACGCUACCUCGUCGACCUCAUCCCCCAAAGAUCUCGUAACGACUCCAACAAUUGUGAUGGGCCGUGAACAACCUAGUCCAAUUAUUCGUGAAGGAAAGACGGUGACUCCGAUAGAUUAUUCUCGUUAUGUCAGGAGGUUUGCAAGUUCUUUGGAAUGUGGAAACCAGUACUGCAAAGAGCUUAACUACAGAGAACAUUUUCAUUGCCUCGAUUGCAACUCGAGAGUUUUUGUUAAAAAAGAGGAAAUGAUAAGACACUUUAAGUGGCACAAGAAGAGGGACGAAUCUCUUCAGCACGGAUUUAUGCGGUAUUCGCCGAGCGACGAUUGCUCUGACAAGUAUCCGAUGUGCGGGCACAACAGAAAACAGACGCAUUACCAUUGCAUACAAGGUACAUGCGACAAAGUGUACAUAAGCACGUCGGACGUUCAGAUGCAUGCCAACUAUCACAGAAAGGAUUCGGCGAUUAUCCAAGAAGGAUUUCAGCGAUUGAGAGCGACUGAAGAGUGCCGGACACGACACUGUGCCUUUUUCGGCCAGAGGACCACGCACUUCCAUUGCAGAAGAGACCACUGUCAAUUUACGUUCAAAAACAAAGCGGAUAUGGAAAAACACAAGACAUACCAUAUCAAGGAUGAACAACUGGCUAGAGACGGUUUCAAAAAAUUUCUGAAACCGGAUCCUUGUGGAUUUGCGAAUUGUAGAUUUUCGCAAGUCUGCAAUCAUAUUCAUUGUAUUAGAGAAGGGUGUUCAUACAUCUUACAUUCCAGUGGCCAGCUUGUUAGUCAUAAACGUAAACAUGAAAGAAAAGAGAACGAAAUCGCCUACCGGAAAUUUAAGCUAGCUCAACAAGCUGUCGUAAACAUCGGUAGUGCAGAUCAGACUCACACUGAUUUACCACCUGGGACAUCACUGCUGAUGCAGCAGGCAUCCUCGUUGGCCGCUCUUAAUGCGCUCAGUGAAAAUUUCACUACAGCACCGACUUCGGAACGGAUGAGUCCCAAACUGUCUACAUCUUUUCAGUACAAUGUAUCUCCUGGGAGUCCAGGCUUCAUGGACCAGUCUACAUCAUCUCAAGAUUAUGAUGAUGAAUUCACUCGCUACAUUGCUUCCUGUAGUACAAAUUACAUUUGUCAACAUCAGUGUCCGUACUCAGGCACAGAACAUUUCCACUGCAAAGAACCUUCCUGCGAACUUUCUUUUCGGUGCAGAGAAACAGCUGAAGGUCAUGCGAGGAUGCAUGAAGCUCAAGAGCGUGUCAGUGAUUUCUACCAAGAAAGCACCGGACCCCAGUGCCAGGAGAGCAACUGUCCCAGCGAAAAACAUUUCCAUUGUACUUGGGAUGGAUGCAGUGAAGUUGUAAUGCCUAGCGAGCGACUGGAACACUUCCGUUCCCAUGAAAUAUCAGCUCAACACAAUAAUUCAUUAGAAUCUCUCUUCCGAAGGAAACGUGGUCGUCCACCAAAGAACCGUGUAAUCGAGGUCUGGAAUGAUUAUGGAAGUGGAGUUGGUUCUGAUACACCUCAGGCUAUUUUCGCCAGUUUUAAACUUCCAAAACCAACGCCUGGCACACCUACAUCAACAGCAACAGAUGCAUCAAAUUCACCUUUGACUAUCACUCCAAUCGUUGAAACCAAAGCGCAAUUUUUACAAAACUUGGAGACGCAGGGUUUUCAAUCUUACACUGGACCUUGUCCAGACCCACUUUGCUCAUUAUCAGAAAAGCCUCAACAUUAUCAUUGUUCGCGGCCAAGAUGUUACUUCGCUACUGACAGUGAUGAUUUUCUAUUAGCGCACACACGAGAUUUCCAUGACAAUAUUGAUAUUUUAGAAGGAUUUCUAUUUUUUGAUAGAUCAGUAGACUGUAGAUUUGAAAAUUGCCCUAGUAACAAAGUGAAUAGACACUUCCACUGUAUAAAACCAAACUGUGGCUACUCUUUUGUGAGAUAUUCUCACAUGGCCAUCCACCAGGCUGAACAUGAACAACAGCAACAAGCUGAACAUCAACAGCACUCCUCACCAUCACAGCCCACAGAUUUAAGUGAAAGUUGUGAGAGACUGUCUGUAAAGUCAGAAGUUUCUCACCAUAGCAAUAGUGAAAAUAACCCCGAAGAAGCCACGAUAACUGUUCGACCGACAGUGGUGAAGGCGUCAGGUACUUUCUACCCACUCUGUGGUCUGUCAAAUAGCAACUCUUCCCCCACACCCGCUUCAGAAAGCCUAAUUAAGACGGAGCCAGGAACUAUGAACAGUGAGGCGACGCUACCUGAAUGGAUGUCGGCUGAGAAGCACGAGCGCUACGGCCCAGAGGUAACUUGUAGUCGCCCAUUUUGCAAGCUUAAAAGGAAAGAGCAUUACCACUGCAAUGCAUGCAAUCAGGCAUUUUCUGAAAUGGAAAGACUAAAGCCUCAUAUUGCAAAACAUAAUCCAGCUGCAAUUCCUUCUGUUCUUGUGAAAUCUGAGAAUAAUAAUAAUGAAGAUAACAAUCAGCCUCCUCAUCAUGGACUAAGUAUGAUGCCGAUGGGCCUUGAUGGGCCAGACACAACCUUGAUGCCGCCGCCACAGUUCCCCGGUUUCAGUGCUGCCGUCGCAGCAGCUGUCGCGAAUCAGCAAUUGGCUAUGAUUACAUCUCAGGGUAUCCCUUUUAUGCCUCAUGCCAUGCCAGGACUCUAUACAUCUCCUUCGGGCUUGAUGUUCACUGGUCAUCCAGGAUUUGCACCCCAUCAUUCAGCUCUGGUUAACAACGGUUUACUCGAAUCUGCAAGAGCAUCUAUGCUUUGUAGUGAUGCCACACCUGAAUCAAUUAUGUCAAGAAACUCGAUUUCACCUCACAGAGACAUUUCAGUCGAGGCAAAAAAGGCUAGAGUUCAAACAAGUAUGAGGAUGCUGAAGGAUGAGCCGGUGCCUGAGGGUUAUCUCAGAUUUAGGUUUAAUGAAGACUGUAGAUACAACCACUGCAGUUACAGAGAACACCAAACCCAUUUCCAUUGCAUGCGCCAAGAUUGUGGAUAUAGUUUUUGCGAUAAAACUAGAUUUGUCCAACAUACAGCGAGGCAUGAAAGAUUAGAUACUUUGAUGGGUGGUGACUUCCAGCAGUAUAGAGUUAACGUAGCUUGUGGUAGACAAGACUGUUCAUACAAAUCUAAUCUUGGUUCGGCUCAAAACAAGUCUUCUCAUUUCCACUGUCUUAAGUGUGAGUUCGUCUGUACCGACACAAACAAAGUGGUCGCUCAUAGGCGGCAACAUCAGAAAUUAGACUCAAUAAUGGCAGCUGGGUUUGAAAAAUUUACACCGUCGCAACCGUGCUCUUCGCCCGAGUCAUGUGCCCACAAUGGUAAACAGACACAUUACCACUGCCUUAGUUGUCAGUAUGCCGUUCUAGGACUAAGUCAAAUGACAGCUCACAAAUACAGACAUAUGUAAAUAACUAUUAAUUACAAUUUAUUCCAAAUUGAGAAAAACAAUUAUUAAAAAGACUUAACUUAUUUCAAAAUUUAAUUCGAAACAAAUUUACGGAUUUGGUUUGAUGACUUUUCUAUUUUGAAAAACUGAACAUAGUUGCUCAUUGUGAAUAUUGAAUUAAUGUGCUAUGUUUAAGACAAAACAAUAAUAAAGCACUAAUAAAAGACAAAAAGAACCAAAUUGUUUAGAAAUAAUAGGACAAAUUGUAGCGUGAUGUUUUCUUUAAAAUGUGUAUGUAUUUAUCAUUUAAAAUUAUCCAAACAAAAUUAUUGUAUUGUUUGCUAAUUGUAUUAGCAAUAUGUGAUAUGUAUAUAUACGGCUAUGUGCCAUCAAACAGAAGGUAAAUGCCUCUGUAUAAUUUGUAUAGUUGGGAAUUAGCUAGUAUUUGUAAUACCAAUACAUACAUGCAUAUAUAUAUAAAUAUAUACAUAGAACGAUUGUUUUAUAGAUGUUCUUUGUAAAUAGCUUUAUUUGAAGUAUAAAAGAAAUGCUUAAUUGAUAGAGAUUUACAUAUUCCUAUAAAAGUAUUUUUGUUCAUAAUCAGAUAUAAUGAGCAAUAUUUGUAUACGUUAUGUAGAAUAUAUUUUACAUAGUCAAACUUUGUGUGAAUAAUACUCCAAUAAAUAAUAAUUGGAAAUGUAUAUUUUUAGUUAACCUAUAAAUCAUUGAUUCGAUAAUACCUAUAUCUAUUUUUCUAGUGACAUGAGAGAGUAUGUAACUGAGAAAAAUAUUAUCUAUUGUGUGGUUAAACAUUUUCAAUAAUUUGUUUUAGAAAAAAAUACGUUAAACUGAAAGUGUUAUCAGACUGUUUUAAGUUAGACGUCCCUAACCGAUUUAUAAAAUAAGUCUGAAUAUUGUUAAUGCACUGCUUACUAUUUUUGUGCUCUUAUUUUUCAAAAGUUGCGAGCAAUGCAUUUAUAAUUAUAGUCAGAAGAGGUUUGUGUUAAAUUCAAUUUAAUGUUUGAAACAUGCAGUAGUUCCUAAAAGUCUUGUUUGAUCAAUUGAGUACAGUCACUCAAAUUAAACAUCAAACUGGCUGUUAUCACACAAAAUUGUUUCUAUCUGUUUUAGUAUAAACUGUGAACACAGCAUCACAUGAUAAAUAAAUAAGUGCUAAAAGUAUUCUAAAGCUUGCAUUGUGCCCUUAAUAUACCACAUUAUUUAAAUUUAUAUUAUAAAAAGUUCCAGCAAUUAGAAUUAAUUCCAUACUGUAAUAAUAAGUAGUGCCUUUGAAAAGGAGUAUUUUUGUCUAUCUGAAAAGAAGAAACAUGCAUUCUAGUACAUGGUAGUGAUUACAAACAUUUUAAUUUGAGUAUGUGAUUAAAAUUUUCUUAUUUUCUUGUUUCACUGUGAGAUAAUGUAAUUGAUUAUGAAUUUUUUAUAUUAUAUGUACAUUUAUGUAAGAGUGUCAUGUACAAUAUAGUUAUUUAUUUAUUUUGUAUCACAAUUUCUCUAUAAUAAGCAUAACAUAAUUAUAAAAGGCAGUGGGAUUCUGUAAAUAUAAUUUGUAAAUCCUUGGGUUUCAAGCCUCCCGUGCCUUAAAAUGGUAAAAUGGUUGCAAUUUUGAUUCAUUGCCACUAUUGACCACCCUGGUAUUAUUUAUAAUUUUUUUAUGUAAGUAAAAUAGAUUAUCGAUAUAUUUGACACUAUAAACUCCACGUAUGUAAAUCGUUUAUAGAAUGAUUUAGUUAAGAGCAAUGAACAAUAAAUAUUUAUAUAUAAAUA